GUAGUAGUCACAUUGUAUCCGUUUACACUUUAAGGGGGAGUAGAAAAAAAGAGCUACCUAAUGAUUGCUGCGUGGCCGCUGGAAACCUGAUCAUUCAGGGGGGGAGGAGGAGGACUUUUUAUUUUUUUUUUUGUUUUUUAAAGAGUGGGGGGAAAAAUGUCUUCCCCUCCACACGGGACAGUCCAUGCAGUCAGCAUUAAGCAGGAAGAUGCCCUGGAGCCCCCAGCCUUCUCCAUGGAGCCUGGCACUGAGGAGGGGGUGAAGGGCGCCCCCUACACCCUGGCUUUCUCCCCGGAGCACGUCGCCUGUGUGUGCGAGGCUCUGCAGCAGGGGGGGGACCUGGACAGGCUGGCCCGGUUCCUGUGGUCGCUGCCCCAGACCGAUCUGCUACGUGGCAAUGAGAGCAUUCUCAAAGCCCGGGCGCUGGUGGCUUUCCACCAGGGCCGGUACCAGGAGCUCUUCUCGGUCCUGGAGAGCCACAACUUCGACCCGUCCAACCACGCCGUGCUGCAGGACCUUUGGUACAAGGCGCGGUAUAACGAGGCGGAGAAGGCCCGGGGGAGGGCGCUGGGGGCCGUGGAUAAGUACCGGCUGAGGAGGAAGUUCCCCCUACCCCGCACCAUCUGGGACGGCGAGGAGACCGUCUACUGCUUCAAGGAGAAGUCACGGAACGCACUCAAAGAGCUCUACAAGCACAACCGGUACCCGUCCCCGGCAGCCAAGCGGAACCUGGCCAAGAUCACCGGCCUGUCCCUCACCCAGGUCAGCAACUGGUUCAAGAACCGCCGCCAGCGCGACCGCAACCCGUCCGAAGCGCAGUCCAAGAGUGAAUCUGAUGGCAAUCAUAGCACUGAAGAUGAAUCCAGCAAAGGUCAAGACGACUUGUCUCCUCAUCCUCUUUCUAGCUCAGAUGGAGUUUCCAACAUAAAUCUUACUAGUCCAACUGACACAAUUUAUAUGCAGCACAUUGGAAAUAAAAUCUCGUUGGGUUCCUCAGGAGUUCUGUUAAAUGGAAGCUUGGUGUCUUCAAACAAUUCACCGGUCUUUCUUAAUGGUGGUUCUCUCAUCCAAGGGCACAAUGGCGUGCUUCUCAAUGGCUUAAACAUGGCAAACUCACAAACUGUUACAUUGAAUUCCACCAAAAUGACUUCAACCAUGGGGAGCAAUGGAGUUUCAAACGGUGACAUCUUGGGGUCUUCAGAAGAUGUUAAAGACUUCAAGAUCUUGCAGUCUGCAAUGUCAGAUUCAACAGCAACAUAUACUAGUACCAUGCAGCCUACUUUCCCUGGGCUAAUUCCUGCCACAGAAGUCAAAAGUGAAACUAUUGAGACCUCCACAUCUCAAGAUGGUGGUACUUUGGUUACGUUCACUGGUCCUAUACAGAUAAACCCGUACGGCAUUGUACAGAUCCCCAAUACAGGAACAAAUAGUCAAUUGAUUAAUGGAAGCAUUGGGUUCUCCACACUCCAACUACCUUCUGUUGCAGUUUCACAAGGUAACCUUUCGGUCACUGCCUGUACGUCAGAUGGGGGAACGUUUACAAGUGACACCAUCUCAAGUGGUGAUCAGGGUAAGGUGUUUCUUAGUUCCAUCACACCUAGCACAGUAGUCUACACCGUUCCGCAUUCUAUCAAACAAGACGGGCUAGAAAGAAGCCUUGUUUUUUCUCCGCUAAUGCCUGUCAAUCAAAACGCAACACAAGUAAAUAUUAGCAUGUCUUCGGAAGAUGCUCUUCAGUCUGUUGCAGCCUCCCUUGUAAAUGGAACUAAUGCACAGAAUUUUUCACUGAUGCCACCUACCUUAAUAACUGCUUCUGGACAUCUUGCUUCUAUUACUGGAAAUCAGUCCACAACACUAAACCAGUCAAUCUCCUCCUCUGCGGCUACCACAACCAGUGUGACGGCCUGUAGUAGUGCUCACUUUGCACCUCUUUCUAAUUGUCACUACAUCACGACCCAAGAUCUGCUGUCUGUUUCUCAAGCACAGCAUUCUCUGGGGGAAUCUGUUACUGCAAGUAGCAACAAUGGUAGCCAUCCUGAAACACAAAUCCAUCAUGAUUUUGGUAGUCGGAACAGCAUGAUUUUGCAGUCUGUGCCAGUCACAAAAGAAAAUUACCUGCCCAGUUCUCACAACACUACAAUAAGUGGGAGCGUCAUGCUGCUGGAUGCAAAAUCAAAGUACGUGAUAAGUAACAUGGUAAAUACUACCUGCGAAGAACUCGAAACGGACAAAAAGGAAUUGGCCAAGCUUCAGAAUGUUCAGAUGGACGAAGAUAUGCAUGACAUGUAAUUUUAUUUUUGUUAGGAAUUGUUUCUGUAAGAAAGAUAACAUGGCCGUUACUUUAAUUCACGAGGGUUUGAAAUUCAGUUUUCCUAAAGCCGUUUUUCACACAAUCCCGAAGGAUAAACCGUGAAAUAUGGGUAUUAAAGGGAACACAAGUUAAUAAACCUGACAGUGGUCUGACACUUUAUAGCAAUGGUGAAAGGAUAAGUGGAAGAGGUACUGAACAAGUUUCUUUGUUUUUGUUUUGUUUUUCUUUCCCUUGUUCUUGUAUUUGGGUUAUGCUGGAAAUGUAUAUUUUAGUCCGAACACUAAAAAUGAGCUGCUUUCAAACUCCCAAUUUU